UUAAAACUCAAACUGGCUCGCGGCCCCCGGACCGGUCUCACGCAUCAGAGGAAACCCGAAUCAUUUUCAUUUUCUCCUUUCUCAUUCUCAUUCUCAUCCAUCUAAAUUACAUUCACAUUCCUUUCUUCCUCUCGCCUCUUCAUAUCACACUAUAAAUAAAUAUCAUCUAGCUCUCUGUCGGCUUCGCUGAUUCAUACUUAUUCUUUGUUCAUAAUCUCAACUCUCUCUCUCUCUCUCUCUCCGAUCUUCAUGUCGUCCCAAGCUAGCCUUCUCCUUCAAAAGCAGCUCAAAGAUCUUUGUAAGAACCCCGUUGAUGGCUUUUCCGCCGGUUUGGUCGACGAAGCCAAUAUUUUUGAAUGGAGCGUUACUAUAAUUGGCCCUCCCGAUACUCUUUAUGAGGGGGGAUUUUUCAAUGCCAUUAUGAGCUUUCCAUCCAACUACCCAAAUAGUCCGCCAUCAGUGAAAUUUACCUCAGAGAUAUGGCAUCCCAAUGUAUAUCCGGAUGGGCGCGUUUGCAUAUCAAUUCUUCAUCCUCCUGGUGAGGACCCAAAUGGUUAUGAGCUUGCAAGUGAGCGCUGGACACCUGUUCAUACAGUAGAGAGUAUAGUAUUAAGUAUAAUAUCAAUGCUUUCUAGUCCUAAUGACGAAUCCCCUGCAAAUGUUGAAGCUGCGAAAAAUGCAGCUCAGUAUCAGUUAACAAUAACUUCAGUAGUAGCAUAACUAGGUAUGGAAUUUAUGAGAGGUGUGCUUGGCGGAAGGGUGGUGGGGGGGUUGAUGGGGCUGCGGCACUAUUUUCAAGGCCCCCCCUGUCGUACUGUGAGAUCCUGUUUUUAACACUUUCUGACAUGGGUGAGGGGGGCAGGUUGAGUACCCGUGUCUUGGGUUUAAAUUGCCAAGACUUCAAGUUGACAUUAUGUCUGUCACAAUAAAAUUAGUUCCUGGUUGAAGAAUUUCACUGGGCUCAACUUCAAUCUAUCUAGUUGGCUUUCUUGAUAUCCUGUUUGACCCAAAAUAAAAGCUGGAGUUUAGUGUAUGUGUCGUUUGUCGGAGUACAUUGAGGAGAGGAUUUAGCGUAUGUUCCUGUAAUUAUUUUUAUUUUGAGUACAUUUUAUAAAUACACAUUGUUGUU